AUGUCUAACAGCUUCAAUAAGGCGUCCGUUUCAGUCGUGGCGCCCCCUUUCACAGAAGGAAAAACAGAGCAGCCGACCUCCGGAUUUUGAUGGAAAGCAGCUGGGAACAUAGUUUUACCCGGAAAUAGCGACCCUGCCGCCAGACUCGUGAGGCGAAGUGAAUGCCUUUCUAUGCGUGUAUGUGUGUGUGUGCGUGCGUGCCAACGCUCGGACAGCCGGUGCCGACUGUGUAUCAGCAGCCGCGGUCCGUCAGUCUCGCCAGGAUUGUCACCCGGCUAUGAUUUGAAGCGUCCGCGAACGUCACUCUGCCAAGGAUUCACCGGGAGUAAACUCACGUAGUGAGUGAUUUGCAACUUUCACGUCCGUUUCUUAUACGGGGAGCAGCUCUACAGCGAGGCAACAAUGAGGACGUCGUGGACGUGUUUCUUCGCCUUCCUGUUCUUGUUGUGGAACCUGUGGAGCUACCUGACACCCCUGCGAGAACUAUCUGUUAUCGUUGGUUCAGUGUGGCUUGCACUUUGGAUUUCCUACCAACUGGCGGGACGUGUUUCGAGUGCUUUUGUUACUCAGGUGCACGGCGAAGGAAAGGCUGUGCUGAUCACCGGCUGCGACACGGGUUUCGGCCACCGGCUUGCGAAGCGACUGUCGCGUAGAGGAUUCCUGGUCUUCGCCGGAUGCCUUAGCUCCAAAAGUGGUGGAGCGGAACAGCUUAAGCUUUGUCACAACGUAACUGUGUUGCAGCUAGAUGUGACAGAUCAGAAACAAGUUGACGACGCCUUGGAUAGAGUUAAGGAGCAUCUUGGAAGCCGAGUGCUGUGGUCGGUGGUCGCCAACGCUGGAAUAGGAGCCGGUGGCCUCCUCGAAUGGCUGACCACGGAAACAGUGGCCAAAGUUUUCGACGUCAACGUUCUUGGUGCUUUGCGGGUCAUCAAAAAGUGCCUACCCCUGCUGAAAAAGUGUCAUGGCCGUGUUGUCACGGUCGCCAGCCCUUUAGGUCAUUUCACGGUUCCUAUGGUGGCCCCAUAUUGCAUGACUAAACACGCAGUUGUCUCCAUGAUGGACGCAUUCCGCCGAGAAUGUCACUUUAGGGGCGUAGACGUAGUCACCGUGGAGCCUUCAGCUUAUAGGACUUCAAUCGUCGCAAUGUACAACGUUCCCAAAGAACAGUUGAUGCGAGAGUUGCAGAAGCAAGACCCAGAAGUGAUCUCGGACUACAGCGAAGAAGAAAUUAACUGUGCCAUAAGAACUAUGGACAAGUUCACGCAAAUGCUGAUCAGGGAAGACCCCGAGGAAUGCGUCGACGUCCUUGAGAGGGCAGUCACGGAAACGAACCCCAAAACCCACUACCACUCACCCUGGGGAUUAGAUAGACUCUACCCGUUGCUGAUCAGGUCCAUACCUAGCGAGGUCGGAGACCUUGCAAUUAACCUCACCACGAAACUGCAAAUGAAGAUGCUGUCAAGGUCACGAAAGUGCUAAAACGUUUAGCUUAAAAGGCUACUUGCGUGAAUUUUCGGAAAGUGAGCCAUCUCAGCCUCACAAAUGUUGUACCGAGGUGAUUUCAAGCCAGUGUGGAGUUCAGCUAAUGCUGAUAAUAUCACUUUACUUUUGUAUUUAAGGGGCAUUUUUUUUCAUGGCACAACUAUUACCACCAACACUAGCAAGACAUCCGGCCAUACUGUCAAUCCUAGUGAGUUCACCGACCGGUAUGACUAGUUGUGAGGACAUCAGGCACCAAAAAA